AGGCCCAGGAAAUUGAGUCCCUGGCGGGGAGGACGGGCAGGUGCGUCCGCGCUGCCGAGCACGAAGUCGCGGGAGGGGCACACCUCGACGACACGCUCACAGACGGGAGUUCAGACACACACUUCCUGGCUUGCGUGCGAAGCGGGAUCGCAGGGCAAUAAUCCCUCCAUCUUCCCCGGGAGGUUCCGUGCCUGCAAGAUACACGGCACCCACUCGAUGCCACCGGGCCGCCACUGUCUGGGCCUGGGAUCUUGACCUACUUGCCUUCUGUACUUCAGGGUUUAGAGGCAGCAGCAGCAGCAGCAGCCGUCUUGGAUAACUUUUGAUGGAUUCAGGAGGCCUGGAGACCUCUUGUGAGCAGGCACCUGCUGGAGACCUCUUGUGUGCAGGCACCUGGACAUAAUUUUCAUUCAGUCCUGCCCGAUGUCCCGACCUGGACUGCGGUGCCGACGAGGAAACCGAGGCUUAGCGGGAUCCCUAAUCCAAGGCCACGACGAGUGAGCCUGCUGGGAUUCAAGCCAGGAGCCUGUCCCCGGGGAGCAUUUGUCACAGCCUUACCCUCUUCCGGGAGGAGCCACGCUUACCCUCGUGGACCAACAAUCGAAUUAACAUGCUGAUACACACAUGGGGUGAGUGACGCCCUCAAAUGCUUGCAAACACACACACAACACACUCAACUCGGAAUUUCAGAAGCUGCUUCUGCUGUGUGUCCUGUCGCUUGGAAGGCACAGCCCCCAGCAGCACCCAUACAAAAUGAGGUCUCCGAUUUAAGGUGCGAGGUGGCAGCUGCCCUUCCAGGAGCCAGUGGGGGAACCUGGGUGGCUGGGUGUGGACACCUGCAAGUCCUCGCCUAAGCCAGCUACCACCCUACACUGUCGGCCUCCCUUCUCCAACUGUGGGGACACUGCUCAGGCCUUUUGUGACAUCACACCCGAGAGUCCCCGGGGUCCGGUCAUUGCUGCUGGGCCCAGCGAGGUCCAAGCUCAGGUCGCCCUGCCCCCUACCCCCCAUGCCAGAUCCAGCAUCGUUGUGGGCAAACAAUUAUCUGGAUGAUCUUUAUGGGGCUUAAGCUUGGGUGGGAGCAGAUGGGGCAUGAGCUGGGGAUUUGGGGAUGGGGGGAAUCCACACCCCCACGUCCUGGACGUUUAAAAGGCCCUCUCUGGCACUGGGCCGGGGCAGAGGCCAGCAGAAAAGCGACCGGAGUCCAGGGACAUGAUGGACCAGGAAGAGAAGACGGAGGAAGGCUCAGGCCCCUGUGCCGAGGUCUGUCCCCAGGCGGGCUCCCCAGACCAGGAGGGCUUCUUCAAUCUGCUGAGCCACGUGCAGGGCGACCGGAUGGAGGGGCAGCGCUGUUCACUGCAGGCCGGGCCGGGCCAGACCACCAAGAGUCAGAGCGACCUCACCCCCGAGAUGGACAGCUUCAUGGACAUGCUGGCCAGUACCCAGGGCCGCCGCAUGGAUGACCAACGUGUGACAGUCAGCAGCCUGCCCGGCUUCCAGCCCGUGGGGUCCAAGGACGGAGCACAGAAACGAGCUGGGACCCUCAGUCCCCAACCCCUGCUCACCCCUCAGGAUCCGACCGCUCUCGGCUUCCGUCGGAACAGCAGCCCCCAGCCCCCGACACAAGCCCCCUGAGGGCCUGAGGCUUCCUGGGUCUCACUCAGCCCCCAAAAACUGAUAAAAGAAUAAAACACUUAAAUGAAUAAC